GUGGUGUGGAUCGACGAGGCCGCACAAAAUGCCGACAAUAUCAAUUUUGAAGGUUGAGAGCCCGUCUUGCCUCUGGGGAAGGGUUGUUCAGCUUCCCGGCGGUGAUGCAGAGACCACAGACCAGUACGACAAUCUGCUGGCUCAAAUGAACCUCUUCUACCACGAUGUCACCCAGGACCUGCGCAAGCUGAAGCCCACAUCGUUAGAGGAGGGACAGGUGUGUGUGGUGUACUGGUCAGUGAUAAAAUCAUGGUGUCGAGCUGUGGUGGAGUCGAUCAUUAUGGACUCGGUGUCCUGUCAGGCUCACUGCCUCCUGGUCGACCACGGAGAACAACUCAUUGUCCCCUCAGACCAGAUCCAAGUCGCUGCGCAGAGGUUCCUCCAGCUGCCUUACUGGGUGAGGAAGUUCCACCUGGCAAGAAUCAAACCAAAAACCCUGCGAGUGUCUGUCUUUGAGGAGAAGGCCAAACUCAUACCGUCCACUCGGUGGGACAGCUCCGCUACACUCUACCUGCACAACCUGCUCCAAGCAUCGACUCUGUCAGAGGCCGUGUUGUUAGAGUCCGAGUCAGACUCCACCUCCAUUGAGCUCUACCUGACCGUACGAAACAUCAAGAUAUGUGUGAACGACGAUUUGGUGGCCAAGAAGUUUGCGUAUUACAGCGGAGAGUCAGCUGACAGCGGCGGGCUGGAAGAGGUGGACCAAUAUCCCUACAUGCUGCCUUCCAGCAUCUUAACCCAGACUGACUCAAAAAAGUCAUCAGCACAAACCCAACAGCCUCACGUGAUGUCACAAAGUCUGGGUGCAGACAGAGCAGGUGAUUGGCUGGCAGCUCCCUCUUCACCUCAGAACCCACAGCAUGAGCUGAAGACCUGUGACGAAGGCAGCAGGUCAAAGGUCACAGAUGAACACCUGUCUCCGGGCCGUCAGUCAAAGAAUGGCUCAGACGCGGCUGCUGCUGCAGAGAGUGACUCGUCAGAGGAUACAGACUCGUCUCUGGCUGCAGCUCUCACCAAAAACCUAAAUCUGUUCAGGUUCCUGAAGUUUCUGAAUCCCGCCAGCAGCUACCAGCAGGCGGCUCCCAGUGAGAGUCAGCAUGAAGAGCUAAAAGACUGUCAAGCUGAAGAGUCGACUGCAGCCUCCAGCAUCUAUACAGGACAGGAAGUGUACGCAGCCAACACACCUUCAACAACUCACCUCUGCCCUGUCUCUUUAUUGUUCAGCAGUUCAAGUAGGUCACUGGAGUCAGGACCAACAGAGAAGACGUGGAGGGUUGAAGAGGACUGGGCCUGUUCACGCCUUUUGGAGUGGUUGAACCCGGAGCCUCUGAACCCCAACCCAGAUGCUGCAGAUGAUGCGGUUGUUCCCAGAGAUCCCAGAAAGAGUGGGAUUCUGGUGCACUCUGCCCUCCCAAUGGAGCCCUGCACUAGUUUGGACGAUGCCCCCGUCACGGAUACUCUCCGCAGGGUGUUGCGGAGGAAGCAGUACAGCUCUUUGUCUCCAGCUGACUGUUGCAGCUGGCCAGCUGUGGCUCAAGGGUUCAACACCGUCAUCGUCUCCCACAAUGCUGACCAGCCGCUCAGCUACCUCGGCCCGCUCCUCACCCACAUCCUACUAAACACCAUCUUCACCUCCCUCACCUCCAGCGCAGGGCCUGUAGUGGUGCUGCUGUGUCCAGGCUGGGAGAAGGUUCAGGUUGUGUAUGACCUGCUGGAGGAGAUGGAGAUCACCUCAGUCCUUCACCCUUUCAUCGUGCUGCUGGGCAUCGGCAAAAACGAAGCCAAGGGUGUCAGGAUCCCCAAAAACUGCCUGCUGUUAGUGACCACUCCCUUCAGUUUGGUCCGCCUGCUGUCCUGCCACUGCUUCCUGUUCCUGCGUCUCUACCACCUUGUGCUGGAUGAGGCUGACCAGCUUUUUACUCUGGCUCCAGAUCAGAUGGCGACCAUCCUGCAGCAUUUCCAGAAGGUGACGUCCAGCGAGGAGAAGGCAUCCUGUCCUCAGCAGCUUGUAGCCGUGGCAAAAAGAUGGACCAGUCACAUGGAGGGGUUGUUAGCCAAUCACAUGCCAUACCCCUGCAUUUUCUUGACUGUCCCUGAGGAAGCUGCUCUCUAUGGUGACGUUCAGCAGAUCAUCCUCAUGACUCUGGAGAGCAGUAAGGCCUCAGUACUGUUGGGUGCGUUGGAUUUGAACCCUGAUGUCGGCCAGAAGACUCUGAUCGUAGCCAAUUCUGUUCAGGAAGCUGAAGACGUGUUCAAGGCUGUGAGCAACAAAUCAGCUUUCUGCCUCAAAACCCACGAACAGUCAACAUACCUGUUUGACUUCGUCAUCCAGCAGUGGAGAAAAGACAUCGGCCACGGCACUCACGUUAUCCUGGUGACCACCAAUGAGUGUCUGAAGUGUCUGGGAAUCAGAGAUGCGACUUGCGUUGUCCACUAUGGCUUCCCCAUUUCCCCCAAAGUGUUCGGCAGCCGACUCUUCUGCAUGGCCGAGAACUUCAGAAACCUUUCUACACGAGUUUCCGUGGACAAGGAUCAGACAGGGAGUCGUCAUCUCACCAGGUCGGUGCUGCUGAUCUCUGAGAGGAACGCCUGUCAUGUAGUCGGGGUUCUGCGUUACCUGGAGCGAACAAAUGCUCCGCUGCCCCCUGAGCUGCUGUCCUUCGCUCAGGGCGUCCAUGUGGCCCGGGAGGACCAGAAGACCAACAAGCCUCUCUGCAGCUACCUCAAGAGCUUUGGAGUCUGCAGAGACAGCAGUGUGUGUCCUGACCGUCACAGAUUCAUCUCCCAGCUGGAUAAAUCUGAGCUUCCUGCCUCGGGAGUCAUAGAAGUGGUGCCUCUCUAUAUUAAGACAGCAUCAGUGUUCUACGGUCGUAUCGUCAGGAAGGAGGAUGGAGGUUUCCAGAGCAUGGCGUCUGAGAUGACUUCUUACUAUGCUGACAAGAAACCUGGAGCCGAGGAGAUGCUGGAGGGAGGCUUGUACGCUGUGCAGGAGGACGACGUCUUCCACAGGGUGAAGAUCCUGUCAGUCCCAGACCGUGGUGACCGGCUGUUUUUCAGCGUCUUGGUUCGUUUCAUUGAUGUGGGAAAGGAGGAGGAGGUCAAAUCCCAUCAGAUCCUGCAGCUCCCAGAGCAGUUUCACUCUCUGCCCGGCCAGGCCAUCGAGAUCAUCGCCUGCCGGGUCAAACCUGUCGACGCAGAGAUCGACUGGCACCCCAAGGUCACCAGAGCGAUCAGCCAGAAGAUCCGCGGUCUGCAGCAUCGAGCCAGAGCAGUUUUAAGUCUGGGAAACACUGUUUUUGUUGAUCCCAUGGUCCGUAUGACUCAGGUGCCAGGUACCAAAACUGUGAUCAAUGAAUACAGCGUGCAGUCAGAGAUCACAAACUCUGGGAUGGGAGUCAGCAACCCAGAGCAUCUGGACCUGCUGAAUGUGCUCUGCCAGGAGAGCAGCAAGCAGACGAGUCACAGUUCUGGGUCAGAGGAUGGUCCAGCGUCUCUGGAGGUCAGGAUCAAAGCUGGGGAGGAAGUUCUGGCUAAAACCUUCAGAGCAGCCAAGGUCAGUCAGCUCGAUGAUCUUCCUCACCUCGAGCCAUGUGAGCCACUUAGUCCAGUAUCUUCAGUGAUCCAGUCCCUGGUCCCAGCACCACCAACACCAGCAGCAGUUGAACUCCACCUGGUUCCUGUGUGUGAUCAGAACGGUCUGUUGGAUAGCCAGGCAGCUUUUGAACAGGGAAACACCCACACUGCUGAUCUGAAGUCAGCUGAGCAGAUGAUGAGUUUCCACCCUCCGCUCCGUUGGUACCAGACGUCCGACUCUGUGACUGUAACGGUGAAGCUGAUGAACCCGGAGAGGCAGCGCUGUGACUUCUAUCCUGACAGAGUCGUCUACAGUGGCAGAGCCAACGGUCGCACCUACAGAGCAGACCUGCAGCUUCACGGCAACAUCGCUGCUGACCGCUGCUGCUGGGAAAUGAAGUCCAACGAGCCAGUGCUCAAGCUGGUCAAACAACAGCAGGGCCACUGGGAAAGACUCCUGAGGAACAAGAAUAUUUUCGUGAGCUAUGACAUGGAGCACUUGGAGGAAGAUGAAGGUAGAACCCCAAAUGGUCUGUGUUUCGUGGAGAACACGGGGAAAGAUUACUGGUAUGUGAACUCAGAAAGCGGCAGUGAGAGCGACUGA